UGUGUGCCUCAGACCGGCAGGGUGGACCCUCAGCACCCCAGGGUGUGCGGCCACACCGGCAGAGUCCUGGACGUGAAGUGGAACCCGUUCGAUGACCACUGCAUCGCCUCAUGUUCAGAGGACUGCACUGUGAAGAUCUGGGACGUCCCAGUCUGUGGAGUCCAGCAGAACCUGACGAGGGCCAGGAAGACGCUGACGGGUCACUCCAGGAGGGUGGGGCUCAUCGAGUGGCAUCCGACCGCUGAGAACCUGCUGCUUAGCUCCGCCUACGACUACAAGGUUCUGCUCUGGGACGUGUCCGGGGACGGUGCAGUGAUCAGGUGUCCGGUCCGUGUGAUCCUGACGCCCGUCCACCGCCGUUUCCCUCCAGAGAUGCUGCUGCUGUCCGUCAGCUUCAACGGCGACGGCAGCAGGCUGGCCGUCACUUCCAGAGACCGACGGGUCCGAGUCCUGGACCCCCGGACGGGAAAGGUUCUACAGGUGUCCAGCAGCAGGUCACACAGGGCCACUAAGGUUUUAUACAUCAGUGGGCUGGGAAUGCUGCUGUCCACAGGGAGCUCAGCCUGGAACCACAGACAGAUGAUGCUCUGGGACCCGGACGACCUGUCGGAGCCGCUCUAUGAGGAGGUUCUGGACGGCUCAGCAGGAGUCCUGUUCCCGUUCUACGACCCAGACACACACAUGCUCUACCUGUCUGGAAAGGGUGACGGGAACAUCAGGUUCUACGAGCUGAGCGCUGAGAAACCGUACAUCAGCUUCCUGAGGGAGCACCGGUCUGCGCUGCCACACAAAGGACUGGGAGUGAUGCCAAAACGAGGCCUGGACUUUGGCGCCUGCGAGGUUUUCAGGUUUUACCGUCUGAUCACCGUCAAAGACCUCGUGGAACCGCUGUCGAUGAUCGUGCCACGAAAGGAGCCUGGUAUUUUCCAAGAGGACUUGUACCCGAUGACAGCUGGAAACCAGGCAGCCAUGACGGCUCAGGAGUGGCUGUCAGGGAUCAACAGGGGACCGGUUCUGAUGUCUCUGAAGCCCGGGAGCGAAGUGACCAACCCCUACCCAGAAACCCCCGCUGAGAAGGGGGUCGCGAGGCAGCGGAGCUCCCUGCGGUUCCAGACGCGUCCAGCUGUUGGUGCCGUCACCAGGUCCAACCUGAUCCUCAUGGAGGAGGCUUUCAUCCAGGAGCAGCUGGCCUACCAGGACGCCAAGUACCCCAGAGACUGGGGCGACCCGUCGGUGUGGCAGCCGGACGACACCCGCGUCCCUCUGUGGACCUACUGCUGCACCCCACACUGCUGCGAGCCCGCGGAGCGGGCGCCGCCCAGCGCCGGCCGAGAGCUCCUCGAAGCUUUUUACCGGCAACAAGACGAGAUCAGAGGCCUGAGGGAAGAGCUCGACCAGAAACAAGUGAGGAUCACUCAGCUGGAGCUGGAGGUCAAGAACACCAGGAACAUGAGGGCCACCUUCUGACUCAAGCACAGCUCCCACCACCAACAGGAACGUUCAGCCAAGCACGAGCUAAAGGCUCAGAAUGUGAGGAGCAGACAGUCAAUAUCCCAUCUCCUCAUUCAGCCUGAACCUCAACUGCUACAGAUACAAGAUGCAGAUGGAAAAUGCAGCACAAACGUCGGGCUGAACAAAAGUGGAGGGGACACGCCAGGAGGAAAAUGUUAAGAUUUUAUUUACAACGUCCUUUUUAUGUUUUGCCUUUAACUUACAGAAAGUAAAAAAAAAAUUAACUACCAGUCAGUGUAAGUGUAAAGGAACAACCGAUCUCUCAUCAAGGAAAUGAAAAGAGGCAGAGACAGAGAGACAGAGUCCCCAAACAGCCACACAACAA